AUGGCAAAGAAGACGUUAGGCUGGUUAGUAACAAUUGUUACGCUGAAUUUAUGUAUGGGUCACGGAAUCACUCCGAAAUCAUUCGAAUACCAUGGUAUCUGCAAAAGUAUGUUCUGUAACUCAAUGGAAGCUUUAAAUCGAUUAAAAAAUUGCACCGUGGUGUUGGGGAACCUUCACGUGUUGCUGUUAGAAAAAACGAGACGGGAACAUUUUACAAAUGUGUCAUUUCCAAAACUCAAAGAGAUUACAGGUUUUCUAGUAGUGUACAGAGUGAGAGGCUUGGAGAGCCUCGGACAGUUGUUCCCCAAUUUAGCAAGGAUACGUGGUGCCCAGCUUUUGUACAACUAUGCACUCAUCGUUUAUGAUAUGCCAAAUCUUGAAGAGAUUGGACUCUACAGUUUACUCAAAAUCGAUAGAGGUGGUGUUAUAAUCUGGACAGCAUCACAAGCGUGUUUCAUAGACACAGUGGAUUGGAAAUCUAUUGCUCCCGGUUCCAGGCACGUGCUUAGUGUGGAUAGACAUGCUCAUUGUAAUAUACAUUGUACAUGCAGCAGGAACGCUUUGACGAAUCAUUGUUGGAAUAACAGAAAAUGCCAGCGUUAUCUCGAAGGCCCCGAAGGUGAAAAAUGUAAAAGCCAAUGUCUCGGCUGUCGGAAGACAAAUAGCAGCGAUUGUUCCGUUUGCCGACACUACACGUUCAGGGGGCAAUGUGUCUCCGAGUGCCCCAACGGAACUGUCGUGUUGCCAGUAAAUAAAUAUUGUCUGAACAACGACGAAUGCAACAAGCUGGAUGGAUGGUCGUGGAAUAAUACUUGUAUAUUUGAGUGCCCCCUAUAUUACGUAAAAGAAAAAACAGCUAACAGCUUCACCUGUAGGUGGUGCAGGAACUGUACGGAGACCUGUGGAAGUCAAUUCAUUCGAAGUAUUGAAACAAUACAAGCAGCUAGACGAUGUGUCUAUAUUAAUGGUUCUUUGACUAUACACAUUUCAUCAAUACCAGAAAUUGUUAAAGAAUUACAAACGUUUUUGAGCGUAAUACAAGAGGUAUCUGAUCAUAUAGUUAUUUAUGGUUCGAUUGCAAUUACAUCUUUAGAUUUUUUAUCGUCACUUAAACGUAUUGGUGGCAGAAAUUUAGAAAGAGGAAAGUACAGCCUUACUAUAUAUGAUAUGCGGAAUCUUCAGACGUUAUUUUUGUCGAAUGUCACAGAAAAUCUUAAAGUCGAUCAUGGAACUGUAAACUUCUACGGAAACCCAAUGUUGUGUAUGAGCCAAAUUGAAAAAUUGCAAAUAAAAUUUCCGAUCCAACCAAAUGAAAUAGAUGUCCCACAAGGCAUGAAUGGUUACAGUGGCGGGUGUACGGAAGUAUCCCUUGGACUUCAAGUAAGAGUUCUGAACGAGACAUCAGCUCUGGUAAUGUUUUCUCCAGUAGCUGAUACAGACAUACAUUACUCCCUUCUCUACGUAAAACUUCCUCAAAUUGUUCAUGAGAUUUUCGUACCAGAAACUUGCAGCGAAUCAGAAUGGUUUGCAGUGGAUGUUCCUACUGUGUUUAGUCAGCUAGGAAUGGUUCAGCUCUCGUCCCUAUACCCUGCUUCAAGUUACGCUAUUUGUAUAGAAACUUACGAUCCUGUACACAGAAAUCUUGCUAGAAGUAAAAUACUAAGUUUUAAGACUCUUGUUGGCAAACCUGAACCUCCUUUCAUUUCGGAACUAGUUGCUUCAUCGCCUGACGUCGUGGUUAUUCGUUGGGUAAAUCACAAGAACUAUAUAUCUCAUAUCUCACAUUAUGAACUGGAUGUUAAUUUGAUUGAGAUACAUUCUAAAGAUAUUUUGGCAAGAGACCAUUGCGUAAAUAAGGACGAAAGUUACUAUGAAAUAGAAUUUUCACGACAUGCCGUAGUUUUGAGACCACCUCCUAGCUAUGAAAAAGGUUGUGAAUCAAUGUGUGGAGUACUUUCUUCAGUAACAGAAGGGGCUAUGACAGAAGAGUACUUUGAGGUGUGCAAUGAAUAUGAUAUUGAAUGUGGAUUUGAACACAAUAUACGAAGCAAUAAAAGCUUCGGAAAGUACGUUCAAAGCUUAGCCAUAGAUAUAAAAGGCCCGAGGAAUGAUUUCCAAAUAGGAGGUUUAGCACCAUUUAGAGAUUAUAAGUUUAAGUUGCGAGCAUGCACUGAAAAUUCUUGCAGUAGAUCAGCUCGGAGUGUUGUAAGAACGCUUAGCAAAGACGGGGCAGAUAUACCUUCUAUUACUGUAAUAGAAGCUAAUUUAACUGGGUAUGUUACUGUGUAUUGGAAUCCACCUUUGACUUCAAACGGCCCUAUAUUAUCAUACACUGUUGAAGUUUUACCGAGUAUCAUUUUAAAUGAUUUUAACAAUCUUUCACCACAAGUGUGGUGCAUAUCCAAUAAUACGACUAACUUGACUGUCAAAUCAGAAAUAGCUAUGAAAUAUAUUAUAAGGGUCUGUGCCACCACCUUGGGUUCAAGUAAAUCAUGUACUGGUUUGAAAAAAGUUUAUGUUUCUUUAAAACGCAUCCCAACUUGGUGGUGGACUGGAAUAUUAUUUGGUGUCAUUCUAUUUUUCGUUUCAACUUUGGUUGGUUGGUUAUAUAAAAAUAGAAGGAACUACAUAGAUAGGAUACCAUUGAUCGACAAUAGGUUGAGUUACAGGAAUGAAACAGAACCUCCGAGUUUUAUGAUGACAGAUCUGGCUCCAAUCUACUCUAUUCCAUUGCGUGAUACUCGAUUAGAUUAA